AGAUGUACACUCCCUAAAACCCUAACUUUUUGCUCCUAUUCUCUCAUGUCUUUGUGGAUACUAGCUGAGAUUGUAAUUUUUGGGUUUUAGAGGCAAGAGAACACAGAGAGGAGGUCAAAAGAUAGAGCAGAGGCUAAUUUUUUAGGGCUAAAUUUUUUUAGAAGGUUUCUUUUGGGAUUAAGAAAACAGAAGUGGUGGCUGAUAAAGGGAAGAAGAUGAAAGCUGUAGAGAAAGGAGAGGAAGAGAACUCUGAACAAAUCGAUGGAGAAGUCGUCGUACCCAUUGAGAAGCUUCAAGAGAUUCAAGACGAGCUUGAAAAGAUCAAUGAGGAGGCGAGUGAGAAAGUCUUGGAAGUGGAGCAGAAGUACAAUGUGGUGCGCAAGCCUGUCUAUGAUAAGCGGAGUGAAAUCAUUAAGUCAAUUCCUGAUUUCUGGUUAACAGCUUUCUUGAGUCAUCCUGUUCUUGGUGAACUUUUGACUGUAGAGGACCAGAAGAUAUUUAAGUAUAUUAACUCGCUUGAAGUGGAGGAUUUCAAAGAUCUGAAAUCUGGAUACUGUAUAACAUUUAACUUCAACCCCAAUCCAUAUUUUGAAGAUACAAAGCUUACGAAGACAUUUACAUUCCUUGAUGAGGGAACCAGAAUUACUGCCACGCAGAUCAAGUGGAAAGAGGGAAUGGUGAGGGCUUCUCUGCAUAUGAUCUCCAUCCAUAUUGUUUUUAUCUGUAUUACUUGGUCAUGAUAUAAAAUUACUUUC